AUGUCCAAAUUUUCUUCCCCUCUGGGUCGACCUGGAUCAGCAGGGUCUAAGAGCCCCAUGUUGGGAAAGAAGCUGCUGGAUAAUCGCUCAUGCAUGCUGAGGAUCGGAGAGAGGCUGAUGAGGGCAGGCAGUGAGGGAAACCUGGUUCAGAGACCCAUACCAGCCCACAACCAAAGCCCGACUUCCUCAGGUGGAUUAAGGCAAGGUGUGAAUGGGCUGACACAACCUCCAGUCCUUGAGGACAAACCCAUUGAGCAUCGAGGAAAUAACUCCAGCAGAGGAAACUCACCAUCCAGGGUCUCUUCAUCACCAGCUGUUGACAGCAGCUCUGAGCAUCUGCUGCAGAAGAAACAGCUCAUCAAUAGCAGCCUGCUGUGUAACCCAGACUUCUCCUCCUCCUAUGACUCAGCUACGCAUUCUCCCAGCACCUUACCUCGAGGCUAUGCCACCACUGCUGGUGCCAGCAGCAGGGACAGUCAGCUCGACAGCCUGAUGAUGCAGCAGUCUGUUGUGGAGAGGAAGAUGGAAGUGUUCUUAGACCACCUGAGCCAGAGGUAUCCUCAUCAUGCUGCCAUAAUCAUGGGAAACCACGACUGCAUGAGGAAACAGGCCGGGAGUCCUUGGCUCUCUGAAAGCUCUGCCUGGGCCGAUGUACUGGGCAUGGAGGAGCAGCAGGACCCGCUGGCUUUGGAGGCCAUGUGUGAUGGAGAGGUGCAACCUCCACAAGUCCCCUUCACAAGGGACUUAAAAGCCAGGGCAAGUCUACCUGUGGGGCGGUCGAGUGGUCAGACAAGAGAGAGGAAGCUUGGUGUGCUGUACCUGCAGUAUGGGGAGGAGACAAAGCUGGUCAGGAUGCCUGCUGACAUCAGCAGUCAGGACACCCUACGGGCUCUGUUUGUCACCACCUUCCCUGAUCAGCUCACCAUGACAAUGCUGCAAUCUCCCAACAUGGCCAUCUACAUCAAAGACCCCAGCCGCAACAUCUACUAUGACCUGGAGGACAUCAGAAACAUCACAUCCCACUCCUGUCUCAGGGUUUAUCAUAAGGACCCAAAACAUGUGCUCAACCGCCAUGCCAGGCCUGCCAACACAGAGGGAAGAAUCUCCAAAGAGUUGCUGUACAGCAGUCACAGUCCCGUCCACACAGUGUUGUCGUCAAGCCGCAGCACCCUGCACAGCCUGCAGGGCUCCAUGUCCCCACCCAUGGUCCGCUCCAUGCCCUCCUCUCCCUCCAGGAUGGCAUAUGGUAGGGCGAGCACAAGAGGGGGGUUGGGGCCGGUGGAUCCAGGCCGUGCCACAUUACCACGGGAACGCCUGUCAGGGGUGAGGCGAUCUAGCGCUCUCUGCACCAACAGCAGUGCCAUACUGGAACGGAGAGAUGUCAAGCCCGACAAGAAUGCUGCCAAUAGUAAGAGCAUGGUGCCAGUGGUGUGUGGUGAAGGAGGACCAUACUACCCAGACUCCUACUGCUCCCCCCUGCAGGACGGAGGAGGUCACCUGAGCAUCACCUCCUCCCAGUGCCAUGCUCCUCCUUCUCUCACCGCAGACGUGGUGAAUGCUGGGGUCACAGGCUUCCCAGAGGGGCUGCAGCAGUAUCGAACCUUUAUUAAACCAUCGAUGGGCUACGAAGAGAGCAUGGAGCACCAGACACACUGCCUCCACAGGCAAAAGAGCGGGAAACUGGGACCCAAAACCCCACCCCCUUCUCCUCACAGAGUCAAUGAAGUCAGGAUGACUGACAGACAGAUCAUUGGAGGGGUUGGCCUCUUGUCUCCAGAGAGGAUGUCACCAAUUUGCCAGUCCCUGCAGUGGGACAGUAAUGAGGCCUCACUGGAGAUUGUAAACAGAAGCUCAUCAUCCUCUCCCUCUUCUGUUUUUGUGGACAGCUCUCUGGGACAACAUGAGAAACUGUUUCAGGGUCAUGUGACUGCCAGCAACAGCCAAAGUGAGAGAAUGAAAGCCAUGGAGGAGCAGAUCGCGAGUCUAGCAGGUCGGGUGCACCAUGCUCUGUCUAUGGGACCAGUCAGUGAGACUGCUGGGCACAAACUCUUCAACAGACCUGGAGUGUCAUGUGACCCUCCGGACAGUGCCGGUGUGACCGACAGCUUCAGCCCCACCACGCAGACUUUUGAGGCCCCUCCCUCUGACAGCAGGCUGCAGCAGAGCUUGGUGUUAGCAAAGAGAAAUGUGUAUGAGCUACGACGACAACUCAGCCAACUCAGACACUUACAGUUGUCAAACCAGGAGAGCGUGAGUUCGAUGCUGCGGAUGGCAGGUCAGGAACUGGUGGUGUUGAUGUGUGAUCGACUGGCUCAGUCUGAGGAGGCAGCGUACAGACAGAAAACUCAGAUAGACGAGGCGAGGCUCCACUACCUGGCUGCAGAGGAGAGAAUACUCAUUCAACUCAGUGAACUAGAGGACUAUGUGGACUGUUGGCAAAGAAACUCCACUUCUAGUCCAGGCCAGCUGUCAAUCACUCUGAAAGACGUGGAGGAGGGAGCAAUCAGCCUUCGGAGAGUUGGGGAAGCUGUGGCCAUCCUUAAAGGUGAGUUUCCAGAGCUGCAGGCAAAGAUGCACUCAGUGCUGAGGCUGGAGGUGGAAGCGGUUCAUUUCCUGAAGGAAGAGCCUCAUAAGAUGGACUCCAUGCUAAAGAGGGUCAAAGCCCUGACUGAAGCCCUCAGUUCUCUCCGCAGAAGUGUGUCAGAGUCAACUCUCCCAACCAGACCAGCUCAGCUGGAGCCUCUAAAGGUCCUGGAAACAGACCAGGAACCCCUGAGAACCCAGACCUCGAGCUCCCCCAAACUCCAGCCUCGAUCAUCUGAUGGACCCUCUCUGCCCAUGCCUUCUGUCUCUGCCGAUCAGCCCAAGGCAGGCUCAGCCUCCCCGAUCAUGGCCCGCAAAAUGAAGAGAGUAGCCAGAGUGAUCCAACCAUCCCAUCACCACCCCAACCCCCCACUGACAUGUACGCAUGUACGAGAGUCACCCUCUGUGGCCAAGGUGAGUCCUUGCAGCAGGGAGGGCAGCCCUCUCCUGCAGAGGAGGCCGGGCCCUCUGCGGUCUGACGGACUCUGCAGUUCAGCAGGUGGAUCUGGCCAACCUGCACCAACACCAACACAGGUGAGCCACACUGACCCGACCAACAUAAAACACAGACAGACACAUACUGAGACUACAGAGAGACAAACUCCUGAGGGCAGUCUGAGAGUAGAAACCAGCAGUGUGAACCACUCGAUCACCAGCCAAGCCAACCAGCCGGCAAGCUUUGACUGCAGUGAGCCUCCAUCCCCCAACACCAACACAGACUUUAACCAUGUCCUCCAGGAGUCUAUGUCUGAUCUGAAUGAGUCAGAUACCAGAGAGGGACAAUCUGUUUCAGCCUCAGGACAGAUAGCUUCCACUGCAUCAAAGUCAGAGCAGGACACACCUCUGGAUCUGUCACAGAAAGCCUCAGUGGACCAACAGACACUGCUGUCGAAUACCCAGGAAGACACACCUUCUGAGCUGAAUGAUGAGGUGGACUCCAACCAGUUAGACUCCACAAACACAGCUGCAGCAGCACCCUUGCAGUUUCCCGCAGCCGCUGUGGAGCCUCAUCCGUCAGUUCGUCCCUCAGCUUCCUCCAGCACAGAGCGCAGCAGCCGGCCACAGGUAGCGAAACCCCCCCGCUCCAGUGUGGACAAGGAGAUGAAGCAGAGUCCAGAUAGGGCCAGCAAGUCCCCCCCUGCUCCUCCUCCACGAAGGUUCCAAGCUGUCAGUUCAGGUCUGACCAUGGGAGGGUCAGGAGAGGUGAUGUUCACCACCAGAAAAGAGGUGGUUGGAGCCCAGGAUGAGGGGGAGAAAGGCAAAGAGUCGCCUGUUGUUCCACAGCCCAAACCCCCAAGACAGCCACCAGAGGUCAAACCCAAACCAAAGAUGUGUGCUCCUGGACCUUCUACAGCCUCAGCACACAGUCACAACGAUGAGGAAGAGGAGGAUGACAACAAAGUCAUGAAAGAGCGGCAGACCUCCAACAGCAGCUUCAGCUCUUCUGCUCAGCGAUCCCACUCUAAGUCUCACCACUCAUCCUCCUCUUGCUCACCAGAGAAGACACCUUGUGGCCAGAAGCAGGCCAUCCAGAAGCAGCGCAGCCAGGCUGACAGCAGAAGCGGUAGAGCAGCCGAGGAUAGUAACCGUUCUGUUGUUGCUUUGCGUGCCUCUAAGAUCCCAGCUUUAUGCCAUAGCUCUGGAAAACACCUGUCUGCCUCUCUGUCCACUCCUCACUGCUCAGACACCACCAAAAGCCUCCAAAACCUCUCCUCAUCCUCCACCUCUUCAGCCUUUUCCAACUCCUCCCCUGGGAAACGCUGUCUGCUGCCUCCUCCUUCAACCAUUUGCAAAUGUCCGUCCCAUUUGCCUUCUCCUUCCUCCAACCAGUGCUCCACACAACAGGUAUUCUCGUGUCCCCUCUCCCAUUCCUCCUUGGUGAAAAACUUUUCCUCAGUUUCACCAACGAACUCCCUACUUCGCUCCUCUCCAUCCUUUUCUUCCUCCGCUCACGACUUUUUAAUGCCCUCUCUGAAUCUGAGUCAUCUUCUCCCCUCGUCUAGCCACAUCUUGUCGCCAUCCCACACUAACGUCAGCCCAACCCACCACGGGCCUUGCAGCAGCAGCAGCAAACGCCAGCACCAUCUCGUCCUCGUCUCCUCUUCCUCCUCCCCUCUCUCCCCGUCCUCCUCCCUCCUCCCCACCAUGGUGAGUCGCGGAGCGAGGGGUGUCCGAACGUCAGGGUCAGGGUCCAGUUCUCUGGGCCAUGGCAAGAAACGCACCGGAGGCCAGGCUGGCCGAGUCCUGCACACAGCAACAGCGCCCCCAAAGGACUCGUCAUAA